AUGCGUAGUUUCUACAACGCCGAACUGUCCGUUGUGGGUACACCGGCUGACGCACCGUAUAAAACCGUAGCCGAGGGAUGGUUGGCAGCGCUACAGUUGAAUCCGGCCCGACUCGUGCCCGACAGACAACGUCUUGAAUCUAUGCGGGACAUGUAUGGUGCGGAUCAGCUUAGUCCAUGUGAUGAUCCGAUGAUGGAAGCGCUAAUGGGAACGGAUCCAUUCUAUGAUAGAUUCCCGUGGUUUAGGAUGAUCGGCAGGUUAGUGCAUAUUUUCUAG